AUGGCAGAUGAGAUCGAUGCAAUAGCAAAAGCCAAGGAGUUUGCCUGUGCGGCCAGCACGCCGGAAGAGGUGCUGCAGCAGCUGAAAAUGUGGGAGGGCUGGGGUAGGUACCACAGCUCAAUCGCACUGGGCCCGGAUCAGGAAAUACUUCUACCUGUGCGGGAGGAGCCUGACCCAGACACGGUUGGCUUCGCAUAUCCGCUACCUCCUUUGGAGUUUAACCUGCGGAACAGCAGGAAGUACCCACCUCCAACAGAGGAGGCAGCGUUCCGGGAGAUGUUCAAGCUCCUCCACUAUGUCUGCCGAGAGAAGCUAUUUACCCGAAACUAUGUCCUGAGUGUAAUCUACGACUGGGUCAAUAGCAAUCGGCGAGAUAGCCCAAUUUGGCAACGUGGGUUCCUCACUGCUGGGGGUGCACAGAAGCUAAUUGAAUUCUGGCACGAAGAGGGGGCGGAUCAGGAGCUGGAUGAUGAGUACUCGGUUCGAUACUGGGUUCUAGCACUCAUCGGGCGGAUGAUGGGCACAUUGCAAGAGUCACGCACUCAUUUGAUCAAAGAGGGCUUAGUGAGCCUGAUUCUUGAGGGCACCAAGUCUGACCAGAGUGAGAUUCGAGAAUGUGCAGUGUGUGCCCUGAAGGGCUUGAUCCAACACCCCGAGGGGCGCGAAGUGGUGACGUACAAGACCCUGAUCGAAUGUCUAGGUCGCUGA